AUGAGUCGGUAUGUCGUGUGGGCAUGGGCGGCAGCCUCCGUCGUGCACGCUUCCCUCGUCUUCGUUCAAAUGGCGGAAAGUGUGCUUUUUGCCUAUGAUCCUGUGCAGCUCACUUGCUAUGUGGUUUCGUCAAGCACCGCUUCCAUGUUCGCCUUCUACUUCUACACCAUGUUAAUGGACCUUGCUGUCCUCGUCCUCACAAUCUGCGGACUGUGGAAGGCGGCUGCUCUGCAAAGCCCUCUCGGGAGUACAUUGUCCGAACAGUGCAUUUGGUACUGUGCUGUGACUUUCGUAGUCACAAUCCCAGCCGUGGUUCUCCCCGCUCUGAAGUUGAAUGUCGUCAUGAAUGUCGUUGCAUCUAUGCCAUCCGCCGCGUGUAGCGUGAUCAUGUCCUCAUACGCAGUGCUACCCAGCAACUUCCUGUCAGUGUCCGAAGGCACUACCGGUACUGAGUCUGGUUUCCCCGGUGUUUUGACGACCAACAUAUUCCUGGAUAACACGCAUACCGAAUCUGUCGUGACACAUUCUGUCAGCGAAACACCAGAGACACAACUGGCGAGCAAGCCGGAGUCCAGCGCUACUUGA